UGCUAGUAUUUCUGAUUCAUGGUUACUGACUGCUGCAACAUCUGAACAAGAUGAGGGUUUUAUCACUCCUCCUUACGUUGAUGGUUGCUGUACCGCAAGUCACUGCCUUGAUCAACAGAGAAUUCCGUACCUUACUUCCGUACUCACUUGAACAGUUUCGCAAUGGCUACUUAUGGUCAGUUGCUGAAUCAAGUCUUUACGAGACGGGAGGAGGUGAGGGCUUUGAGAUCGUAGCAAAUUGGCCGGUCGACGAAAUAAAGGAAGGGUUGCCCUUACCAGCGAAACAUUACUCACACCGGAUAUUACAUUUAGCCAGUAAGGUGCCGAGAUGGAUACGAGUAUUGGCUCCGAAAGGUUCCCUGGAAGCCACCGAGUUAUCAUGGGAUGCUUUUCCUUACGUCUUAUCUGUAUACACUAACCCGGAUUACAUGAAAUCAGCCUUCUACUUCAAAAUUACAACCAAGUAUGUGGAUAACGAUGACUGCAAGUUGGACAAUGUAUUUAGCGAUAUCAGCGGAUCAUCGUCUGUUUCAACUGAACAGAUCGACAUCUGCAGAACAAGAUCUUUUAAUGAAAAUUGGGACCCCACACAAUGCUCCUCUGAAAAACUGAACAUAGCUCCUUUGACGUCUGGCUGGCGGGAGAGGAGUCCCCAUAUGUGCGUCUACUCUUUCCUUGAAGUUUAUUUCGAGUGGUUCGGCUUGCAAACCCGUUUCGAAAAAACUUUGUUGCAGAACUAUGGAGAGGCAGUCACUAAAUUCCAUCGUCAGAUGUUUUGCUGGGCUGACCAAUGGGCUGGGGUGACACUAGAAGAAGUCCGCCAGAAAGAAGAAGUGGUCAAACAAGAAUUGGAUUUGCUUCGCACUAGAGGGGACGUCCGCGGCAUGGUCGUGCACUAAUAGAGAAGGAUGGUGAAGUCUCACAGACUGUAUUGGAUCGUCUUUAUAUAAUGGAUAAUGUGUUUUGAAGUAAAAUAACUAAUACUUAAUUAAUGUCAAGUAGAUGCUAACUAAAUGAACAAUAAUUUUCAUGCUAGUAAGGUUUGUGAUGGUAUUGGUGCUUUCCAACGAACAAUAGGGCAAUAAGAACUGAGACCGGUUUGGCAGCAGCUUAUUUCACUCCAUAUAUCCUGCCCCAUCCCCACCCUAUCCUGCCCCAUCCCCUACCCUAUCCUGCCCCAUCCCC